AUGUCUGGAGAAGAUUAUCACCGAUCCAUUAUACACCCGGGGCUCACGACCUCUACAUCAGGAACUUUCUACUUUGCGUAUGGCUCCAAUCUAUCCAUAACGCAGAUGCGUAUUCGUUGCGACCAUAAUCCAGACUCCAGUCGGCCCAUCGCACUUGCCCGCCUAGAUGUCCAUUCCUGGAUCAUCUGCCAACGGGGCUAUGCCAAUGUCGUGCGCUUACCACCCUCGACGCCCACCAAUGAUGCCAGCACAGUCUGGGGACUGCUUUACAACAUGUCUCCCGAAGACGAAUCGCGGCUAGACCUUUACGAAGGACAUGACCCGAUGCGUAAUUCAGAUCCAGUGGUAAACCCGGACCCCGAAGGGCAAGUGGAGCGGCCAUAUCUACAAGGCAACUGGGACUACAACAAGCAGUAUCUAGCCGUGACUGUAACCAAGUGGUUAGUUGACCCAACCGACUUUGGCGUCGAAGUUCCCAAUUGGCAGCCAGAGUCACAGCAUCAGACCACGGUGCGCGUGUUGGUCUAUGUGGACGAGGUCCGUACCAAGCCGGGAGCCAUCAACUGGGAAUACAUUGGGAGAAUGAAUCGGGGUAUCCGAGAGUCCGUGGCACUGGGACUACCCGAGAGUUGGGUGAACGCAGUGAUGAGGAAAGAUAUUCCAGCAGGUGUGGAGGUCGAUGAUGACGGCUACGUGGGGACAGCCGAUGGCUAUGUAGAGGUCGAAGCCACAGAGGCACAAGAUCACGUUGCAGAGAAGGAGGUGAAAGAGUGGCAUGAAACGAACGGCCAUGAGUCCGUGCAAGAGGGUUGGAGGUGA